AUGGCAGAGGAGAGCCAUGCAUGGACGGUCGAUGCCGCUUCCUGUCCGUUGGAAGAGAUCGUCUACUCUCCUCCUUGCAAGUAUGUCGGUCAGCUCCACCCGCAAACGAGGAUGUGGCAUGGUCAUGGAAAGAGCGUCAACAGCGACAGCAGACAGACGAUCUAUGGCCGUUGGUCAGACGGAGUUCUAGUUGGUCCUGCUGUGAUGGUGGACUCAACGGAGACGGCGUCCUCCGAAGGAUUCAGGACGCGAGUCCUCUGCAUUGAGAUGGGGGGUCAGCACGCGCAAGGACUUGGAGUUGAGAUGGUAGAGGUAGGAAAGUGCGAGGAGGUGGCAGGGAAAGGAAGUGUAGCAGAAGGGAAGUGCUAUUUCGGGGAAUGGUCCCACGGCAAGAAGCAUGGGACUGGCUCUACAGGGAAACCUUUCUUCGACCUCAACCAAGUCCUGUCGGCUAAGGACUUGGACGCCAGUUUCGUUGACCAGUUCCAGCCAGAGUCCCUUGUCGAGUUCGUCAACGACCAGUUGGUGUUCACGACACAGUGGCUCUUUCAUGAGCAGGACGACGUGGCCGUGUUGGAGCGCACCAAGAAAGUCGUGCUGGAGGCGAUCAUGGCGGGGAGACAAGCAUUCCAGGUAGCAGAGAAGCUGAUCGCCGAGGAGAAGCUUGAAGCUCUCCUGGCCGAGAGCAAGCAGAUCAGAGAGGAUCUGGUAGAGACAAGAAACAAGGAGCGACGUUGCAAGCGACAGGCGUUGGCGUCCAUGUAA